AUGGAUCCAUAUCCAUUAUCGCAACUUUCUAACUUUAUUGACUUAUUAACAAGUCAACAUGAGCCAUCAUUGAAUGAUGGUUUCUUGUCUGUCGACCACGUUCCCGUAUUCGGCACACAGGUUUCGCAAGCCACAAAGAACGCGGAAACUACUGCUCAGCGAGUUGAUAGACGGACUUGGGCCCCCAAUGAGGAUGUGCUACUAAUCAGUGCUUGGCUUAACACAAGCAAAGACCCUGUCGUGGCCAACGAGCAGAAAUCUGGAACUUUUUGGAAGCGGAUCGCUAUAUAUUACGCAGAGUUUAGGGAACCUUCGAUGGGUGCACCACGCGAGGCUGGCCAAUGCAAGCAAUGGUGGCACAAGAUCAACGAUCUUGUGUGCAAGUUCUGUGGAGCGUAUGAUGCAGCAACGAGGGAUAAGACUAGUGGAAUGAAUGAGAACGAUGUCAUUAAGAUGGCACACCAAAUCUACUUCAAUGAUCAGAAGAAAAAGUUUAACUUGGAGCAUGCGUGGAAGGAGUUGCGAAACGACCAUAAGUGGGCUGAAAUGUCGACAACCAAAACGGAUCCGUCCAAAAAAAGAAGGACUGAUAUCGGUCAGGGUAGCUGCCGACCACCUGGAGUAAAGGCGGCGAAAGCUAAAGGGAAGAAAGCUACGGUGGACGGGAAGUCUUGUGCUGAGUUUGAGGGCAUGUGGGUUUUUAGGGAGAAAGAGAUGGCCAUCAAAGAAAGACUCUCCAAGAUGGCUCUUCUUGAAAGUCUGGUUGCCUGGAAAGAGACGCUAGCUGAUUACGAGGAAGACCUAAAGAAGACGCUUAUAAAGCAGCUUUUCUAG